UCUCGCUCUUCCUCCCACUCGCUCGUACAUUUGGCGCUGGACGCACCCGCCAUGAAUCCCGUCCGCACCGCGUCCCGCUCUCUUUUGCGCUCCCUGAGGGCCUCUGCAGUUAAGCCGCUGGCUUUGGCCAUCCGAUCCUGCUCGGCCGUCCCGUGCGCCAGUUUGCAUCAAUCGAUGAUCCAUCCAGCCGCAAUCGCAACCGCAGUCCCGCGCUCCCUGUGCAUCGCUUCGCAGAUUCGCGGAUACGCUAGCAAGAAGCAGCCAAAGGGCGGCAAGGGCAAGGGCGGCAAGGGUGGCAAGAAAGUCGAAGAUGACGGCGACGAUGCCGAUUUUGCCGACGAGGAGCACGAUCGCCCCAAGGGCAAGAAGGGUCGAUUUGCCGAGACGUCGCCCGCAUCAUCCGAGGCCCUCUACGACAUUCAAAAGUGCAAGAGCCAGCUACAGCGGGUCCUGGGCAAGUUCAAGGCCGACCUGGGCGAGAUUCGCAUGGGCCGCGCAAACCCAGCGAUUCUCGAGAAAGUCGUCGUCAAACAUGGCAACCAAAACGCCCCGCUCACAUCCGUCGCUCAAGUGACCAUCAAGGACCCGCAGACCCUCCUCGUCAACGUCAAUGACGCUGAGUUUGUCACGCAAGUCGUCAAGGCGCUGCAAGAAGCCAACCUGGGUCUGAAUCCCCAGAGGGAUGAGAACAACGUCAUCCGGGUCCCUAUUCCAAAAGCAAGCAAAGAAACCAAGGAUAAUCUCAUCAAGUCCCUGAACGACAUGGCUGAAAAGACCAAGAAGUCGCUGCGGUCCGCCCGAGCCGAUGCCCGAUCGGAUAUGAAGAGGGGCAUGGAGGACAGCUCCGAGGAUCUCCAAAAGUCGAUGGAUAAACAGAUCCAGGCCGAGUUUGACGCCGCCUCAAAAGAAGUAGACACUUUGCUCCUGAAUAAACAGAAUGAGAUCCGAAAGGCAUAGUGCGCACGAGACAUACUAACACCAACACCAACACCAACACC